AUGGGAAACCAGUCCACACUGGAAGGAUCUACAGUGACAGAAUUCCUUUUGCUGGGAUUUUCUGAGGUCCGAGAGCAGCAGAUCUUACAUUUUGUGGUGUUCCUUUCCAUUUACUUAGCCACUCUGAUGGGGAACUUUCUCAUUAUCCUAACUGUGGCCUCUGAUCCUCAGCUCCACAGUCCCAUGUAUUUCUUCCUGGUCAAUUUGUCACUGUCCGAUAUGUGCUACAUCUCCACCACUGUCCCCAAAUCCAUGGCUGCUUCAUUGACAAAUAACAGAUGGAUUUCCUUCUCUGAAUGUGUUCCCCAAGUUUUCUUCAUUGUCACCCUUGCAGGUGCUGAGCUCUCUUUUCUCACUGUAAUGGCCUAUGACCGCUAUGUGGCAAUCUGUCAUCCUUUGCAAUAUCAGCUGAUCAUGAACUGGAACACCUGCUUUCAAAUGGCAGCUGCUUCCUGGAUUGGCAGCGUUAUCAAUGCAACGGUGCACACUGUGAGCACAUUCAGGCUGGAAUUUUGCAGCUCAAAUAUUAAACAGUUUUUUUGUGACAUUCCACAAUUAUGGUUGAUUUCGUGCACAGAUACAGUGGUCAACCAAUGGCUUGUUUUGGCAGAAAUCUUUAGCAUUAUUUUAUUUUGUCUUCUGUUUAUAUUAGUUUCAUAUGGGUUCAUCUUUUCGGCUGUAAUGAAGAUGCAGUCAGCUCAAGGAAGGUGUAAAGUCUUCUCCACCUGUGCUCCACAUUUGACUGUCUUGUCCUUGUUUCUGUCAACUAGUGCAUUUUCCUACCUCAGACCAAAAGCCUUGUCCUCUCCCACUGUUGAUAUGUUGGCUGCAAUCCUGUAUACAAUCAUGCCACCACUACUGAAUCCCCUCAUUUAUAGCCUGAGAAACAAGGACAUCCACAGAGGCAUGUCAAAGAUAUGCAAGAAGCUCUUUGGAUUUCGCAACAUGGUUUCUUGCAUUUCCCCUAAAAUCUCCCUUUCCCAAGAAUAUUAA